CAAUCAGCGGCCGCCUCUUGCGCGCGCCCCACCGACCAAAAUGGCGGCUGCCGUUGGUGCGGGGUGCGGUUUGUAGUGCUGUUGCCCUACUCAUCCCUUUGCAAAAUGUGAAAGAAGAAGCGGCUGGUGGAGGCGGGCCAUAGGCAAUGAGUCGGCGAAGGAAACAUGAUGACAGCCCUAGCCCGAAGAAAACGCCGCACAAAACAGUGGCGGCGGAGGAAUGCGGCUCGGUGGUCGAGCCAGGGAGGAGGCGGCUGAGAUCGGCCCGCGGUUCGUGGCCCUGCGGGGCUAGAGAGGGGCCUCCCGGGCCAGUGCGGCAGCGAGAGCAGCCUCCGACCGCCGCCUUGUGCAGUAAAAGUAACCCCGAGGAAAGGUAUGAAACACCAAAGAGAGCGCUGAAAAUGGACUCACUGUCAUCUUCCUUCAGUUCUCCUAAUGAUCCAGAUGGACAGAAUGAUAUCUUUUGGGAUCAGAAUUCUCCAUUGACAAAGCAGUUAGGUAAAGGAAGAAAAAAACAGAUUUACACCACAGAUAGUGAUGAGAUUUCACAUAUUGUUAAUCGUAUUGCUCCUCAGGAUGAAAAACCAACAACAAAUUCUAUGCUGGACAUGUGGAUUGGUGAAACUGCUAUUCCAUGUACUCCCAGUGUAGCAAAAGGAAAAUCAAGAGCAAAAAUCAGCUGCACAAAGUUAAAAACACAAAGUCAAGAAGAAGAACUUAUGAAACUGGCUAAACAAUUUGAUAAAAAUAUGGAAGAGCUAGAUGUGAUUCAAGAGCAAAACAAGAGGAAUUAUGAUUUUACCCAGACGAUUUCAGAAACAGAGAUUUUAAGUAAUUAUAAAGAUAAUAUACAGAUGUGGUCAUUACAUAAUAUAGUUCCCGAAAUAGAUAAUGCUACAAAAAAGUCAAUCAAAGGAAACACCAAGAUAUCUGUGGCAAAUAAUCAAAAUAGCAGUCAGAAGCCAUUUGACCAAAUUGCUGAAGCAGCCUUUAAUGCUAUUUUUGAUGGUUCUACUCAGAAAUGUAGCGGACAGUUAAGCCAAGAACUGCCAGAGGCUUUUUGGAGCACCAGUAAUACUACCUUUGUAAAGACAAAUGCUUUGAAAGAGGAGAAAAUCAUUACUAAUGAAACUCUGGUCAUUGAAAAACUGUCAAAUAAAACUCCACGAUCACUUUCUUCUCAAGUAGAUACACCCAUAAUGACAAAAUCAUGUGUGACUUCCUGUACUAAGGAGCCAGAAACUUCUAAUAAGUACAUUGAUGGAUUUACUACAAGUGAUUUUGAGGAUGAUUGGGAAAACUUAUUAGGUAAUGAACCUUUUGCUAUGCAAAAUAUCGACAUGCCUGAACUCUUUCCUUCUAAAACAGCCCAAGUUACUGAUCAAAAGGAAAUUUGUACCUUUAAUAUUAAAACUGUUAAAAAUACGUCAAGAGCAAAUACAAGUCCAGAUGCCAGGUUAGGAGAUUCAAAAGUAUUACAAGAUCUUUCUUCAAAGACAUAUGACAGAGAAUUAAUAGAUGCAGAAUAUAGAUUUUCACCAAAUUCAAAUAAAUCAAACAAAUUAUCCACUGGAAAUAAAAUGAAAUUUGAGAACUCUUCCAAUAAAAUUGUUAUUCAAGACGAAAUUCAAGAUGGUAUAGUUACAUCUAAUCUGACAAAAAUAAAGGAAGAUAUUCUUACUAAAUCUACUGUAUAUGCUUCUGAAAGGAAGUUAGCUUUGAACACAAGAUAUUCUAAUGAACAGAAAAAUAAGUGCAUUUUAAAUCAGUCUAUUAAAGCCCCUGUUAAUACUGAUCUUUUUGGCUCUGCAAAUCUAGGCAGUGAAACCAGUGUUAGUAACCCAAAUCAGACUAGUGCAUCAAAAGUAGGUUCUUUCUUUGAUGAUUGGAAUGAUCCCUCAUUUGCCAAUGAAAUUAUUAAAGCAUGUCAUCAAUUAGAUAAUACCUGGGAAGCAGGUGAUGUAGAUGAUGAUUUGUUGUACCAAGCAUGUGAUGAUAUUGAAAGACUAACUCAGCAACAAGACAUUAGAAAGGACAGUAAGACAUCAGAAAGUAUAUGUGAGAUCAAUAAUAAUUCCGAACAUGGAGCCAAAAACAUGUUUGCUAUAUCUAAACAAGGAAGUAAUUUGGUACAAUCAAAGCAUUUGAAUCCAGGCAGCAUUUCAGUGCAGACAUCUUUGACAAAUAGCUCACAAAUAGAUAAGCCAAUGAAGAUGGAGAAAGGGGAAAUGUAUGGAAAUUCUCCAAGAUUUUUAGGUGCCACAAAUUUGACUAUGUAUUCUAAGAUCUCAAACUGUCAGAUAAAUAAUCUGCCUGUGUCUUAUACUAACACUGAUGUUCCAAUACAAGUGAAUAGUUCCAAAUUGGUUCUUUCAGGAAGUUCAAGUUUGAAUGUAACUUCAGAUCAUAUGAAUACAGAAAUUACUACUUAUAAGAAGAAAUUGAGUACUAAGCAGCUAUGCCAUAAGACUAUAACAGAUGAAGCUCAGAGCAACCUUAACACAACAGUUGGAUUUUCAAAGUUUACAUUUACAAGGAUGAAAGAUUCUCAGAUUCUUUCUCAGUUUAAUCAAAAUUGUAUAACUGGAAGUAUGUCUGAUACCAAAAUUACACAGGGUGUGGAGAAAAAGAAAAGUGUCAACCCAUUACUGGAGGAAGCUGUUGGACAGCAAUCUUUGGUGAAACUUUCUGAAUCUUUCAAACAAUCUUCAAAAGAGGAAGAAGAGAAAAAUAGAAAGUGUUCUCCUGAAGAAAUUCAGAGAAAAAGACAAGAAGCACUGGUUCGGAGAAUGGCUAAAGCACGAGCCUCAUCUGUAAAUGCAGCUCCCACUUCAUUUCUUUAAUGAAAUAUUAGUUGGAAGACUUCACAAAGACUGCUGAUAACUAUCUGUGAUAGGAAAUUUUUUUUUCUUGAUUUCUCUGUGAGAAAUGUAAUGCUGACUUUUAUAAAGCCUGGACUUCUACUUUAUUUAAUAAAUCAAUGUUUGCAAUGGUAAAUGAAACAUUUCCUUGGACAUGUAUUUGAAAGUCAUUAUAUACAACUUUUGGAAAUUCAGGAAAGUUAGCAAUUAUGUACGGAUAUUAUACAGAGGAAAGUAGUUAUAUUUUUAAAUGCUAUUAUUGCAGAGGAUCAUCAAAAAAGAGGUAAUCUACGUUAUUUCCUAUUCUAAUGUCUUUUCCUAAUACAAAACUUCAACUUUCUAAGUUAGAGACUGUUUUUGUAGUUUUACUUUCAUUAACUGUUGCUUAAGGUUUUUAUACACUUCCAGAUUUUAAUUAAUACUUUCAUAUUUCUAGGAACAUGGUUGAUAUGAAAUAAAGGACUUUAUUUGUAAGGAAAUUAUGUUCAGUUCUUAGAAGUGGGUUUGAAUUUUAAUAAUUCUAAAAUAUGACAUUUUGGAAACUUUCCACCAUAUUUAGGAAAACUUUGAUUUUAGAAGUCUAACAUAGAGGAAAAGAAGUAGUGGAUUGUCUACAAAAGUAAUGUGGCAUCAUUAACAUUUAGAACUGGCAGAAACUUCAUAUGUCAUCUGGUCCAGCUUCCUUAUUGUAUCGGUGAGAAAAAGUAAUACUGUUUUCAAAGUCAUAGACAAGUUAAUGCUGUGCUACGAUUAGAAUGAUUUAUUUGGACACCUAAACAAUUAUACUGUUUGUUUCAAAGUAUCAGUACAUAAAAUAACUUGAGGGAGUAUUAUUUUCUAGUAUAAAACAAAAGAUGUAAUUAAAAGCACAAUAAGGACUGUUUGAUAAUAAUGCUCAUUGUUCCUUAUUUUGCUUUAAAGAAUUAGUCUUUCCAGGAUAUAAAAAUGAGAAUCUUUUUUCUUUUCAGUUUUUCUGUAACUGUAAUUUUCCCCUCAAUUAAUUUACUUAGUUGACUCAUCUUUUCUUCUCUAUUACUGUUUUGUUUUUUUCUUUUUUUGCCGUUUUGCCUAUUUGUAAUUUGCUAAACCAGUAAUAGAAGUCCAACUAGAGGGCGUAAGGCAGGGAGGAUGCUUUAUUCCUCUUAAAUGGUUUUAAGAGAUCUAGAGAAAGUUAGAGAUAUGAAACACCUGUCAUGGUGUGGCAUUUAUCACUAUCAAGUGUCUCAAAGCUGUGAUAAUAUGGUAGUUACUGCCCUAUAGCUAUACAGAUACUCCUCAACUUACCCGUGUAGUUACAUCCCAAUAAACCCAUCAUGAGUUGAAAAUACCUUAAGUUAAGUUAAAAAUGCAUUUACUACACUUAAUCUACCCAACAACAUAGCUUAGCUUAGCCUACCUUAAACAUGCUCAAAUCAUUUAUAUUAGCCUAGAGUUGGGCAAAUCAUCUAGCAGUACGGCACACUGUAGAGUAUCAGUUGAGCUGAUGCCCAGCAUCGUGAGAAUGUUGUACCACAUAUCUCUAGCCUGCGAAAGAAUCAAACUUUAAAGUAUGGUUUCUAUUGAACGCAUAUCACUUUUGCAUCACGUUAGAGUUGAAAAAUUAUAAGUCAACCAUUUUAAGUUGGAGACUGUACAUCAAAAAUGGUAUUUUCAUAUCUACAGUGGAGUACUGGAGUUUAGCUAACCUGUAUUAUUUUUCCAGGAAUAUAUAAUAACCUAGAUAAAUGCAAGUAGUUUCUAUGUACGAAAAUAAAGAGCUGAGAAUCUUUUACUAAAA